AUCCUGUCGCCCCGUAUUCUUCAUUUCUGCGAACGUUUGUCUAAUCCUCGUAGCGGAUCGAAGAGACCUUCGCAAAUCAUCAAUCUCAUCGGUCCGCAUGCCCAACAUCCUUCGUCCCUCUUAUGAAAUGGCCACUUUCCCAAGCCUCCACUUCUUCCCUCCCCCACCACGUCCGCGCCCUUCUGCGUGCAUGCGCUCGACAAUCUUCUCUCGGCCCUGGGAAGAAGCUCCACGCCUUGGUGCUCACCACCGGGCUCGCCGCAUCAUCGCCGAGGUCGUUCCUUUACAAUACCCUUUUGCACGUUUACGCCUCCUGCGGCGAGGUCACCUGCGCGCGCAAGCUGUUCGACGGAAUUCCUGACUCGCACAAGGACACCGUCGAUUGGACCGUGCUGAUGGGCUCCCUCGCCCGUUAUGGCGUGCCCUUCGAGGUGCUACGGUUGUUCGUGGAGAUGGGGAAUGCGGGCGCGAGGCCGGAUGACGUGACCAUGGUUUGCCUGUUCAAUGCCUGUGCUCGGUUGGUCAAUGCGGAUGUGGGAAUGCAGGGACAUGGGUGGUUGGUGAAGAUGGGGUUUGAGUCUAGUACCAAGGCAUGUAAUGCCCUCAUGGACGUGUAUGUGAAGAGCGGGUUGAUGAGCGAAGCGAGGCGGGUAUUUUGUGGGAUGAAGGAACGGACUGUGGUGUCUUGGACUGUGGUUUUAGAUGGCGCGAUUAGGUGGGAAGGUGUAUCAAGUGGGAGGUUGGUGUUUGAUCGGAUGCCUGAGAGAAAUGAGGUCGCAAGUACAGUCAUGCUUGCGGGCUAUGUGGAAAGUGGAUAUACCGGGGAAGCUUUUAGCCUUUUAGAUGAAGCAGUUUUUGGUUGGUGUAUGAGAUUAAAUAGCGUCACGCUUUGUUCUCUCCUAUCCGCUUCGGCUCAGUCGGGAGAUGUGAUGAUGGGGAAGUGGGUUCAUGUCUAUGCUUUGAAGACAAUGGGUAUGCAUAUGGAUGUCAUGGUGGGAACAACACUACUUGACAUGUAUGCCAAAUGCGGUAGGAUUCAUAGUGCACUGAAAGUUUUUGAGUACUUGCCUGAUAGGAAUGCAGUCACUUGGAAUGCAAUUCUUAGUGGAUUGGCAAUGCACGGGCUGGGUAAAGUUGCAGUGGCUAUGUUCCCUCGGAUGCUCAAAGAAGCAAAGCCAGAUGACCUGACCUUUACGUCUCUGUUGAACGCUUGCAGCCACUCGGGCCUUCUUGAUGAGGGCCGUCGCUUUUUCCGCGAUCUUCAAGUUGUAUAUGGCAUAAGACCUAAAGUGGAACACUAUGCAUGCAUGGUGGAUCUUCUAGGUCGGGCUGGUGAGAUAGAGGAAGCAGAGAUGGUUAUAAAGACGAUGCUUGUCCCUCCAAAUGAAGUGGUUUUAGGAUCUCUUUUGGGUUCUUGUCAUGUCCAUGGCAAACUCCAGCUUGGCGAACGUAUUAUGAAGCAGCUGGUUCAGUUGGAUCCUCAAAAUACAGAAUACCAUGCAUUGCUAUCUAAUAUGUAUGCUCUGGAAGGAAAGCUGGAGAAAGCCAAUUCGCUUAGGCAGGUUCUUAGCAUGGGGACCACGAGGAAGGUGCCUGGAAUAAGCUUUAUCCAUACCAAUGGCAAGUUUCAUCAGUUCUCUGCUGGAGAUAAGUCACAUCCACGAACAAGAGAAAUAUACGUUAUGCUGGAUGAAAUGAUACGGAGAUUGCGUUUGGCCGGUUACAUUCCGAAUACUAGCUUACAGCUAUUAACUGGUUCCCAUCACGUGUUCAAUGAGGAAGAGAAGGAGCAGGCACUGUUCUCACACAGUGAGAAGUUGGCAGUUUGCUUUGGGCUUAUAAGCACCAGGGCUCGAACACCUUUGUACAUAAUGAAAAAUCUAAGAAUAUGUCAAGAUUGUCAUGCUGCUAUAAAGAUUGUGUCAGAUAUAUACGAAAGGGAAAUUGUUAUAAGAGACCGAAGUCGGUUUCACCAUUUCAAGCAUGGCUCCUGUUCUUGUUCUGACUAUUGGUGAAUGCUGACUGCUUCAACUAUUAACUUUCUGAGUUUGUUAGAUCUUGAACCUCGGUCAUAGAUUCGUGUUAAUGACCAACUUCAAUUCCAAUGAUAAGUCGUCUGCAGAAA